UUUUUAUUUUUUUAUUUUUUAUUUUUUUAUUUUUUUUGUUCCAAUUCCAUAUUUCGUUUUUUUUUUUCGUUUUUUUUUUCUUUUCUUUUUUUUUUUUGCGAUGGCGGACGCAGCGACGACGAUGAGCAACAACCAGCACGACAGCAAUAGUCUGCUGAGCACUGCGGCGAGGCAAGCGGCGGAGGCGACGGCAGCGACGGACGCGGUGCAGCGCGAAGAGCUCGAGCGGAAACUCGCAAAGUUGACUGAAAUGAACCUGCACAGCCCAGCGAGCGGGAGUCGCACGAGCCUCAACCAGCUGCAUCGGGAGCACGACAGCGACCACGAGCGCGAGCACCACCACGGCAGCAGCGACCGCCUCAACAACCCCCAGCAGCAGCAGCAGCAACAGGAGGGAGGCGAGCAACAAGCGGCAAACAGUCACAAUGACUCGUCACUGGUUUCGUCGACUACUGUUGCUGCUGCCAACCACACCACCGCCACAACCACAGCCACAGAGCCGUCAUCAUCAUCAUCAAGCUCAUCAGCACAAGGAGCAGCGGGCGCCGUUGCUGGAGGCGACGCUGCUCACCAGUCAGAUUCCAAUGGCGACGCCGCCGCCAAUUCAAACCGCAGCUCCAGUACGGGCGCAGCGGCGCGCGACAAGAGCAAGCGGGCCAGCCGCGCCAAGCGAGAGAGCCGCAUUCCCAGUGAUGGUGCUGGUGGCGCAUCGCAGGCGGAUGGCGCGCUGGCUGGCGGCAGCGGCGGCGGCGACGGUGGCCAAUCCGCCGCCAAUAACGCAGACGAUGACGAUGAGGAUUACUCGGGGUCGGACGUCGACGAGGCGAUCGAGCUGCAAAACCGCGUGACAAGCAAGCGCACGUCGGGAAGCGCGGCGUCCAACUCGGGAUCGACGUCGGGCAGCUUGCGAGCGAGCCACGCCUUGGACGGCAGCGAGGUGAAUCUGUCUGCGAUUGCCCAGGCGAUCGCUCAGAAUCCUCGAAUGGCACUGCACGAAUCGUCGGUGGACGAUGACGACGACGUCACCACGAGCAACUACACUGGGGCUGAAACGCAGCAUGGCGGAGGCAUGCACGUCACCUCGUUUGACGAUGAUAUGGAUGUUCCGCCCAUCGCGCCGGGCUCAAAGCCGUUGCGCCGCGCAUCGUCCGCCACAAUGGCCGCCGCGGCAGCAAUGGUUGCAGGCGCCACGGGCAUGCCCAAGACAACCAACAUUGACGAUACCUUUGAUGACGAGGUUGAUGACGACGACGCUGGAGACGACGAGGACGCCGAUGGCGAGAUGGACGAUGCCGCGCCGUUUGUCAUGCUCGGCAAGGAACUGCGCGCGUCGGCGCUUGCGCUCAAUGCCGAUCCCGACUCUCUUGAGUCGCUUGGCGCUGAGGGAUCGCAGUCCGGAGAAAGCAACGACACCUCAGGCGCUGCAGGUGCUGCAGGCGCUGCUUCCACCGAGACUGACGACGAAGCAGAGCUCGCCCUCGUUGCCGCCAUCCGCGAACGCCAAGCCAAGCAUCUCGGCACCUAUCCUUCUAUCCCCUUCAGCGCAGAGGACGCUCAGGCAAUCAAGCAGAAGCAGGCUGCGGAAUUGCAGGCUUCCGCCGAGCAAGCGGCCAUCCUUUCGGCAUCACCCACCCACGGCAUUGCCGGUUUGUCACAAGGAUUGCUGCAAAAGAUGUCCAAGAUUGGUCACUCGCUCAACCUGAUUGUUGUCGGCGAGUCCGGUCUUGGAAAGAGCACGUUUGUACGCAGUUUCUUCCGCACAGCCGCUUCGGCCCAAGCACAAGACCCCAUCGUCCAGUCGUCGCUUGCAAGCAGACGGACGGUUGAGAUUUCCACGACAACGCACGUGCUCGAGGAAAACAACGUCAAACUCAAUCUCACCAUCACCGACACCCCUGGCUAUGGAGAUCUUGUCAACAACGACGAGGAGAGCUGGCGACCCAUCACCCAGUUCAUCGACCACCAACAUAACGAGUUUAUGAACUCUGAGUUUGCCCGCUUGUUUGGCGAUGGCCGACGCGUCCUUCCACGGGAUUCGCGCAUCCAUGCGUGCUUGUUUUUCAUCGCGCCGACCGGUCAUGGCUUGAAGUCAACGGACUUGAUUGUGCUGCGAAAGCUGCAAAUGCGCGUCAACAUUAUUCCUGUGAUUGCCCGGGCAGACUCCAUGGCACCUGCCGAGCGAGCGCAGUUCCGCGAAAAGCUCCGGACGGAGUUUGUCAAGUAUGGAAUUCACGUUUACAAGUUCCCCGGUGGCGAGCAUUCUGCGUACGAUGCUGACGAGCGGGUUUUGCAAGAACACGCCAUUCCGUCUCCUCUCAGUGUCCUCUCCUCGGACAAGGAAAUCACCGUCGGCGACAAGAAAGUGCUUGGCCGUCAGUAUUCCUGGGGUGCUGUCACAGUGGUCAACGAGGCCCAAAGCGACUUUAUGCUGCUUCAACGCCUUCUUCUUGGUGUUCAUGCUGAGCGUCUGCGCGACAUUACUCACGAAAUCCACUAUGAGGCCUACCGCCGGACCCAUCGCAAUCAAUUGGCUUCCAUUUUCGAGCUGCGCAUCAAGAACCGGCUGCGGGAAAAGCUCAUCUUUAAAGACUCGGAUUCCGCUCGUCAUGAAGCCGAAGUCCCGCCGGUGCCGCAUGGUACCAUUGGCCGAAAUUUCUUCGAGACGGGCACGCUUGGUGUCGCGGGCACACAUUCGGGACGUGAAUCGCGAUCGGUGCCGCACGUGUCGAGCAUUUUCGCGGCCAUGAGCCCGCCGUCGGGCGCACAGACCGCGAGCAGCUCUGAAGCAUCGAGCGGUCCUGCCUCCAAUUCAACGACGCCAACGUCGGCAAGGCACUCUGCAGUGCCGGCGCAAGCGCAACUCGUCUCUGCACCUUCGCCAAGCACUGCAAGCGCGACCGUCUCCUCGGCUGCGAUUUUGUCUCCAACUGCGGCACUGGCCUCUCACCAAGGAGCCAUGGCCCCCGUGAUGAGCGUGUCCUCCCCGAUGUACAACGGACUGCUCGCGCCUGCAGCCAACUUGGCCAACUCGCUCGCCACGCUGAGUGCCAGCACUGGCAAUCUGGUCGAGCCGCACAAGAUUGAGCGCUCGCCAUCCGUUUCGUCCGACGAAGGCCAGCUUGUCAACCCAAUGUCAUCGUCGCCUCGGCGGAUGAGCGAUGCCAACAUUGACCAGGUUGAGCUUGCCAAGGUGCAGCUGGCUGAAAAGUACUCGACCAUGGGCAAAAUGGGUUCUGGCCAGCGGUACAACCCGCUUGCCGAGCGUCGUCGCUUGAUGAUGGAGCAGCAGCAGCAGCAGGCAGGAGGCGCUGCCGCCGGUUCCGCUCCCGGCUCUGGUGCAUCCACUCCCACUUCUGCCAAUUCCCUGUCACGGUCUGGCUCCACUGCCAGCACCAUCUCUGAUCGACGGCAAUCGGUCUACUCGAAUGCAGACGAGGACGCCUUGAAAAAGGAGCAGAAAAAGGCAAAGGACAAGGAGAAGGAGAAGGACAAGAAGAAGAGCAAGUGAUUCAGUCUGGUUUACAAGUCGACCUGCUUGGAGCAACGCCGCUUGGGCUUUUAUUCUUGCUGAUUUGUCCCGCCCGUUCUGUUUUUUUGCUUGGUUUGGUUUGUUGGCGUGCGUCAAUUUGCUUGGCGCUUGAACAGCAAUCGGUUUUUGGUGCGGCCCAGACUUGUAGAGUUUGGUUUGGUCUGAGUGUUUGAGUUUUAUUGUUGUCGUUGGUUUAUGCUGUGUGUGUUUUUGUGUGUUGCUGUCCUCGUUGCUUUGUCUUGCUGGUGAACAUUCUCCUCUUUGUUGCCUAUCGUAUUUGUUUUGUUGUUUGUUUGUUUGAAUCAACGUUGUUUCACAUUCACGCACAGUUUAACGCAUUGCCAUUGCUCUACUCAACAAUAGCAAAUAUCACAAC